GCGUCGACGCUGUGGCUGUUGGGGUCCUUUUCGUUGCACGAGGACAGUUUCAUGCCUGUGUGGCCGUCGUCCUCCUCAGAUUCGACUCUAAAAUCUCACUUAAAACUAUUUUAAGGAUGGAGACUGUUGAAAACACAACCCCAGCCGCUGGAGCUGCCAUGGAGACUAAGGAUGACACAGACUCUUUCACAAAAGUAAAGUCUAAAAAGACUCAGAAACGAAAACGUGAACAAGAUGGAGCGGGCAUGGACACAGAGGAGCCCGUGGCCUGCAAGCGGCCGCAGUUUCCCCCGAUUUCAGGCGACAAAUUACGGGGACCAGAUGAGAUGCGUAAGAUCGCUGUCCCAGCUCACAGAUACACCCCGCUGAAGGACAACUGGCUGAAGAUUUUCACACCCAUCGUAGAGAACCUGCAGCUUCAAGUUAGAUUCAACCUCAAAACUAGGAAUGUUGAAAUCAAAACAUGCAAAGACACACAGGACAUUGGGUCGCUCACAAAAGCAGCAGAUUUUGUCAAGGCGUUUAUUCUAGGAUUCCAGGUUGAAGAUGCUCUGGCUCUCAUCAGAUUAGAUGAACUCUUCCUAGAAAGCUUUGAUGUCACGGACGUGAAACCUUUGAAGGGAGACCACUUAUCCAGAGCCAUUGGAAGAAUAGCAGGGAAGGGAGGAAAAACCAAAUUCACCAUUGAAAAUGUCACAAAGACUCGCAUUGUGCUUGCAGACACAAAAGUUCACAUAUUAGGAUCUUUCCAGAAUAUCAAGAUGGCCCGGACGGCAAUAUGUAACCUGAUCCUGGGAAGUCCACCUUCGAAGGUUUACGGCAACAUCAGAGUGGUGGCCAGCCGGACUGCUGAGAGAUUCUGAAGUCUUACUAACAGCUGUGUGUAUUUAUCUUUCCUCCCGUCGGCUGGUGGAAUUCCCACUUUGAUCUGCGUCAAUGAGUAAAGACUGUUGAUUCCAGUUUGGACUGACACCUCAGGUUCUUCUGUUAUGGCUUCAUGGUGACACAUUUUUGGAUCCACUGACCCAAAACAUGAGGCAAAAUCAUGAUGUGGAUAAACCAAGUGCAUUUAUCUGUAAAUAAAUAAUUUCAAUCCCUACAAA